AUGGUUGACAACUGUUUAUAUGUUUAUAACUUAACAAAGAAUACAAGUGUAGAACAUUUGAAAGAAAUAUUUAUGAAUUUUGGAAAAUUAGUUGAUGUAAAUUAUGUAUCUAAUGAUGAUAAUUUAAAUAAAGAAGAAAAUGAUAAUUUAGUUUAUGCUAAAAUUGAGUUUGAAAACCCUGAUGAUGCAAAAACUGCAAUAGAAUAUAUGGAUGGAGGUCAAAUCGAUGGAAAAACUAUAUCAGUAAAACAUGAACAUGAUAUAACUCAAAAAAAAAAUAGUAUUAAUAAAAAAGUUAGUAAUGAUGACAAUGAUAUAAAAAGUAAAGAAAGAAAUGAAGAAGACAGUUAUAAAUCUAGAGACUCACGCUCUAAUUCAUCCAAUAGUUCAGAAACCAAAUAA